CUUCAACUCAUCCCUCCUUUUUUGCUGCUCACAGAAGUUCCGACGACAGGACUUGACGUCAGCUGCUUCUGUUUUUCUUCCCUUUUGGCGCAAUCAUGGAGGACCACAAGAUACCGAAGACAGACCCUCCAACUACCUACCUACUCCAUGCCAAGUUCGGUACUUGAGAUGUUUUUAUUUAUUUGAAGGACUACAUGUGAUGAUGGUCUGACGCGCUAGAAGCAUUUUUGCAAUUAAAUGUGGCUGUUAGCGCCUCGGGGCCGUUCUUUGUGUUUAUUUCUAGGAAGCUGUUUUAUUUUUAUUUUAUCUUUUUUAUUUUAUUUUUAGUCAAAGUAAGUAAGUAAGGUAGCUUCUUGCCAGCUCCUUCUUCUCCUACUGGGCGAACUGGUCGCAUAAUUUCUUUGCAGCUUUUUAUUUUGCGUACCUAUUUAAAAAAUCCUUUUUUCCCUUCCCAGGACUUGUUAUUUAAAUCGUCCCAUUACUGCACGCACUGGAACCUUCGGACCCAUUACCAUCCAUCGAUGCAUACCCACCUACCUAGGUAGCUACGCUUCAUGAUCUUCGCUGCGCUUGGCUAUCUAUACCACCGUUACCGACUGUUAGCUGCUGCUGCACGCACACACGCCACAAGGCAUCAUACAUACGAUCCUAAUAUAGCAUCAACACCCGCUCUCCUUGCAGCUUCGACGGCCAAACGACACCUGUAGCCCAAAUUUACCUCGUGGUCCUUCCACACCUCCCGAAUCAUGGCCACCGCACUACGCCGAAGACCUGUGGUCCACGAAGAAUCGCCGUCACCUACUCCAACUCCCACAGACACCCCGAGGAAUGCGAGUCCGGUCCGAGAGGGCAAGGACAAGAAGAUUCAUGUCGUACACCACAAGCCUCGCACGCGGAAACGCCGCAACACAUUUAUCUUCUUGCUCGGGAGCUUGUCGGGAAUAAUAGCCGCCGGCUUCGCCAAGACAAAUGACCUGAUAGACUUUCCAGAGAUUGGUGAUCUGGGCAUGAGCAUGGACAGCUUGUUAGAUGUCCUACCAGCAGGCUUAGUGAAGGAUAUGUCGGACCUAGUUAGAGGCGAACGUGAUUUUGUCGAUAGUUCUUCCGAGCCCUUCUCAGUCGGAGUCAAGGCCAAGACUGAGGGCCUAGAUGCACAUUUUCCCGUGGUCAUGGUGCCAGGUGUCAUCUCGACUGGCUUGGAGUCGUGGGGCACCGACAACUCCUCCCGUCCGUAUUUUCGCAAAAGACUCUGGGGAAGCUGGACAAUGAUGAGGGCACUUGUGCUGGACAAGGAGGCCUGGAGGAAGCACGUCAUGCUCGACAAAGUUACGGGGCUUGACCCUCCUGGCAUCAAGUUGCGGGCUGCUCAGGGUUUUGAUGCAACCGACUUCUUCAUCACAGGGUACUGGAUCUGGAACAAGAUCUUGGAGAACCUGGCAGCGCUGGGAUAUGAUACCAACACCGCCUUCACCGCCGCAUAUGAUUGGCGAUUGUCGUACCCAAACCUCGAGGUGCGAGAUCAGUACUUCACCCGGCUCAAGAUGUACAUUGAGACAGCGACCCUGACUUCGGGUCGCAAGGCCGUGUUGGUAUCUCACAGCAUGGGCAGCCAAGUGCUGUUCUACUUUUUCCAUUGGGUCGCCUCGCAAAAGGGCGGAAAGGGUGGUGACGACUGGGUAGACCGUCAUAUCGACUCAUGGAUCAAUAUUAGCGGAUGCAUGCUGGGAGCCGUGAAGGACCUCACCGCAGUUCUUUCCGGAGAGAUGCGAGACACGGCCCAGCUCAAUGCAUUUGCCGUGUACGGCCUCGAGAAAUUUCUAAGCAAGGAGGAGCGAGCUCAAAUGUUCCGCCAGAUGCCUGGCAUCUCGUCAAUGUUGCCGUUAGGGGGUGAAGCCGUCUGGGGAAACGCUACAUGGGCACCCGAUGACUUACCUGGGCAGCAAAAGUCUUACGGGACAGUGUUGAACUUCAGAAAAGGGUAUGGGUACAACCGAACGGCGCCGACAAGGAACAUGACAGUCAGCACCGCCAUGAAAUACUUGUUCGAUACAAGCGAAGAUUGGUAUCAGAACAAUGUCAAGCGUAGCUACUCACAUGGGGUUGCUCACACCAAGGCCGAAGUGGAUGCGAAUGAGGACGAUCCUACAAAAUGGAUCAACCCAUUGGAGACCCGCCUUCCGCUAGCCCCGAAUCUCAAGAUCUACUGCUUCUAUGGCGUCGGCAAGCCGACAGAGCGUGCAUACUACUACCGGACUCCGGAGUUUCCUGCAUUGACAAACCUCAGCAUCACCAUCGACACGGGGCUGACAAAAGGUGAAAUCGACCACGGAGUGGUGCUAGGCGAGGGUGACGGGACGGUAAAUCUUAUCAGCUCUGGUUACAUGUGCAACCACGGGUGGAAGUACAAGCGGUACAACCCGGCCGGAUCCAAGGUAACGGUUGUCGAAAUGCCACACGAGCCCGAUCGAUUCAACCCGCGCGGCGGCCCCAACACUGCGGACCACGUCGAUAUUCUAGGACGGCAGACUUUGAAUGAGCUGAUCCUCAAAGUUGCGGCCGGAAAGGGAGAUUCUAUCCAGAAUCACAUCGUCAGCAAUAUAAUGAGUUAUGCCGCCAAGGUCAAGGUGUAUGACGACUACCCCAAGCAAGGCCCUCAACCAGCUUAGGAUUCCUGGUACGGAUUUGUGCCAUGGGGAGAGUGCAAUGUGCAGUAUUGUUUUAUUGUUCUGGUUCUUGCUACUGGUUUGGUGCUAAUGGGCUCGAUUUUCUGUGGGUUACUUGGGAUCAAUUCGAUUUAUAGAGUUGGCGUUACGGUAUAUACCUAUUAUAUAGAUAGAGGAAGGGAUAAGAUGCGUGCUGGGCGCCCAGCGUCAUGACGUAAAGAGUGGGUUCGUGGGCGGCAUAUGAGGAUGAAUCAAAG